ACUGCCUUUUUCACAGACGGGGGCAAAGUCUCUCUUCAAACAGUCAGCUAAAGAUGCUUCUUCAUGCUUGGCUACUUCUUGUGGCUUUGACCACUCUCACAUCUGGCAUCAAUCCGGGCGUAAAGGUUAAGCUGACACAAAAGGGCCUUGACUAUGGCAGAGAAAUUGGCAUAGCGUCAAUCCAAAAGAAACUCAAAACCAUCAAGCUCCCAGAUGUAUCAGGCUCACAGAAAGUUAAUCCUAUUGGGAAAGUUUCAUACAGUUUCACAAAUAUGCACAUAACCAAUGCUGGACUGCCCCAGUCAGCAGUGAGCCUAGUGCCGGGUGCAGGUAUCAGGCUGUCUAUUGGAAAUGCCUACAUGAGUCUGAAUGGAAACUGGAGGGUCAAAUACCUGAAAAUCAUAAAAGACAGCGGCUCUUUUGAUUUGAGCGUGAGUGGACUCAGUAUUACUACAACUAUUGCUGUGAACAGUGAUGAAACAGGACGCCCUACAGUCACUGGCAACAAUUGCGCUGCCUCUGUGGGUGAUGUGAGCAUUAAGUUCCAUGGUGGAGCCAGCUGGCUGUAUAACCUGUUUAAAAGCUUCAUCGCCAAAGCAUUACGCAGUGCUUUGGAGAAACAGAUCUGUCCUUUAGUCGCGGAUGCCAUAUCGGAUGCAAAUCCUUAUUUAAAAACUCUCAAUGUUUUGGCCAAAGUAGACGAGUAUGCAGAGAUCCAGUAUUCAAUGGUGUCAUCUCCUGUCAUCUCAGCCUCUUCUGUAGAUGCAGGUUUGAAGGGGGAAUUUUACAAUGUUGGGAAGCACCAGGAGCCCCCUUUCACCCCAGCAGUCUUCACAAUGCCGUCGCAGAGUAGCAACAUGCUGUACAUAGGCUUGUCUUCUUACACCCCCAACUCUGCAGGCUUUGUGUACACCACUGCCGGAGCCCUCAGCCUCUACAUUACUGAUGACAUGAUCCCUGCAAGCUCCCCCUUAAGACUCAACACUCAAACCUUUGGAACAUUCAUUCCACAGAUUGCCAAACAGUUCCCUGGUUUGAUGAUGAAAUUACUGGUUAAAGCAGGAAAAAGCCCAGUGAUCACAUUUGAAUCCAAUAACGCAACAAUCAAAGCUUCUGGUACAGUGACGGCCUACGCCAUCCAAGCGAAUGGCACCCUUUCCCCCCUGUUUGUGCUGAACAUGGAUGGCAGUGUGAGCGCACAAGUGUUUGUUAGUGGAAGCAGACUGGCCGGGUCUAUCUCUCUCAAUGAAUUGAAUUUGACCCUGGGGACAAGUUACGUUGGUGAUUUUCAGGUGAAAUCCCUCGACAGAAUUUUCCAAAUGGUCCUGAAGGUUGUGAUCCUCCCAAAAUUGAAUGCUCAUCUUGCAAAGGGAUACCCACUUCCUACAAUUGGAAAGAUGAAACUUGUGAACACCCAGCUGCAGAUUUUGAAGGAUUACAUGCUGAUUGGAACUGACGUACAGUUUUCUGGAUGAUGUGUGACGAAAUAAUCUCCAUUUUUCUUUUGAGAUUCUACUGUGUUAGUCACUGCAUGAUGUCACCUCUGCCUUACUUGAAAAAAACACACCCAACUCACAUGACAGCCUUUUUGAACUACUGACAUGAGGCAAAAAUAUCUUGAAAAACUUUAGACUAAGCUCACUGUGCUCUGUUGACAUAAUGCUGAUCAAUGGCUUUGCUUUUUGUUUUUUAAGAAUCAAACUAAACAAAUCAGUGCAAAUACAGAUAUGACAAAAGACUAAUAUGAAUACGUGAUUAAUUACAUUUGAGAGCUCAUAGACAUUGUUACUUGUAUGUGUGUGUGUGCUUGGUUCACACCUUUACUUAAAGAGCUAUCAGUCCGUUUGCAAGUCAAUUAAUAAGAUAAAUAAUUCUUUGAUAAAACACCACAAUGAUCAUAUGUUUGAUGCAGCUGGUUAUGGCUUUAUACUUUAUACUUUUAGUGUUGAUUUUUUUGCAUUUAGAAAAUAAUGUAUUAAAAUAGAUGAAUACAAUAAUUUUGUGCUGGAAGCUGUUGUACUGGGGUAUUUUAGUAAUUGGUGUAAUUGUACUUUCUGAUAGAAUAAUAAUCAUAAUAAAAAAUAAUGUUUAAGGUAAAAAAAGAGAGAAAUCAACAGCUGUAAUGCUGAUUUAUUUUGAUGUCAGUAAAAUCAGUGACCAUGAUUUGAACAUGUUCUCCUUUUUUCUAGUUUAUGUUUAUAAAAUUAAAAAUCAAAAUCUGGUUCCUUUAA